CACACGCGUCUUUGGCUCCCUCAGCUGUCAGACUUUGGCCACCCUAAAGUGCAGUUUGGGUUCCUCCGUGGGGAUCUUUCGGACGUCACUUUGCGGUCGGAACCCGUGCAGACUUCGCGCGAUCGGUCGGUAACGCGCAGACUCGGUGCGUAACGCACGGACGGGCUGCACGAAAAAGGACGCGCGAUCCGAACAUCGCUGCUGGUUUUUUGCACGACAAGCCGCCGCAAAUCCUGAGCGGUUGGAGGGUAGAUGUCGGGAGGGAGGGAGUGAAAAAGGCAAAAGUCUUUGUGCUUCCCUUCCCCCCUCAUCAAAGCGUAGGGGAAAUGUCUGUCUCCAAAGGAGGGAAGAAGAACCCACGGCUGAGGCUUCCCACCGAGGUCUUUGUCCCGACCGCUCCGGCUGUCGCCGCACCCCCUCGUGACCUGGACUCUAAGGCCUGCGUCACCAUCGGAGACAAGAACUUCGUGGUGAAGGCGGACGACCUGGAGCAGAUCGAGGAGCUGGGGCGCGGGGCGUACGGCGUGGUGGACAAGAUGAGGCACGUCCCCAGCGGCGUGAUCAUGGCUGUGAAGAGGAUCCGAGCGACGGUCAACACGCUGGAGCAGAAGAGACUGCUGAUGGACCUGGACAUCUCCAUGAGGACCGUGGACUGCUUCUUCACCGUCACCUUCUACGGGGCGCUCUUCAGAGAGGGGGACGUGUGGAUCUGCAUGGAGCUCAUGGACACGUCUCUGGACAAGUUCUACAAGAAGGUGAUCGAGAAGGGCAUGACCAUCCCCGAGGACAUCCUGGGCAAGAUCACUGUGGCGAUCGUUAAGGCGUUGGAACACCUGCACAACAACCUGUCCGUCAUCCACAGAGACGUGAAGCCGUCCAACGUCCUCAUAAACACCCAGGGCCAGGUGAAGAUGUGUGACUUUGGCAUCAGUGGCCACCUAGUGGACUCGGUCGCCAAGACGAUGGACGCCGGCUGUAAGCCCUACAUGGCGCCCGAGCGGAUCAACCCCGACCUGAACCAGAAGGGUUACAGCGUGAAGUCAGACAUCUGGAGCCUGGGCAUCACCAUGAUCGAGCUGGCCAUCCUGAAGUUCCCCUACGAGUCGUGGGGCACGCCCUUCCAGCAGCUGAAGCAGGUGGUGGACGAGCCGUCCCCUACGCUGCCCGCUGACACCUUCUCCCCUGAGUUCGUAGACUUCAGCUCCCAGUGCUUAAGAAAAAAACCGGGUGAGAGACCAGCCUACACAGAAUUAAUGCAACAUCCGUUUUUCACCGUGCACGACUCCAAAGACACGGACGUGGCCUCUUUUGUCAAGGUCAUCCUGGAUGACUGACCGCCCCUCGGGGCCACACCCCCACCCCCAGGGUAGGCGGGACCUUCUCAGCAAUGCACCAAUGGCCUACCCUCUUUUUUUUUUUUCAUUAUUUUUUUUUUUCAAGCUCACUGGAAUGAAAUACUUGGACUUGGUUACACACACACACACACGUACGCUCACACACGUACACUCACACUCACAUAGACAUAUACUUACACACACACACACAAAGAUACACGCACACAUAGCCACACACACACACAUAGACGCACACACACGCAUAUAGACACACACACACUAUGCUGGGAGGGGGGACCCAAAGACUUGAACCACCCCAGCGGCACUGAACCCGGAGGUGGUUAGUGAGCUGCUUUAGUCCAUACGGCCGACAGGUUAAUUCACUCCCAUUUAUACUACCACACCAACAUGUACUGAACUCUGAUAAAACUCCCCCCCCCCCCCCCCCCUCUUUUUAUGAAUGGACCUUAUUAUACAUUGUUUGUUCGCCCUUUUUUCUCUGCUAUGCUUUGAGUUUCAUUCGCAACAGAGAAAAUGGUUGUUGUUGUUGUUAAUGUUGUGCAAGGAAAGCUAUAUCUUCUGUGUGUAUUUUUAUUGCUCCUGUUGUGUUGGGUUGCGUGCCACACACAGACACGCACACCUGUUCAGAAGGUUCUCGGUUCUGACCCCUGGUUGCAUGAUGGCCAGAAGGCGAUGUCCUCAUUUUUUUCUAUCCCUCAGAGGUCAUCCCCUCUGAGGUCAGAGGUCAUCCCCAGGUAGACAAACCAUCUUGUCCGACCGAUUCGACCCUCUUUUCUCCAUUCAUCUUUUUCGUGUUUUUGUAGUCGAUAAAUCAGCAAAUCAGCAAUCAGCCUGAUCAGCAUUAUCCAACUCGCGACUUUAUAUAUCUCCGUAUUCUGUGCCAAUUUCAGUAGUUCUGUUGCCGUCUCAUGAACUGAUGUGUGUUCUCCAACACGUUCCUCGGGCGACUCUCGCCGUCGUCUUCUUCUCCUGCGCCUCCUCGCCUGCCUGCCUGCCUCACGCUGGAGUCAGUGCCGUCGUCUAACCCCAGGGCGCUCGUUAGUUUUCAGAGAUCGUUAUGUUCAGAGAUAUCUUUAUGCCUUAGUGUGCGUUCAGGACGUUGGAUAUAAUUUAUGUGUUGAAGAUGUAAAUACCAGAUUUCUCGUUUUUCUCUCUUUCCCCCCCCCCCCCCCCCCCCCCCCCGCUGUAACCGGGCGCUGUUUUGUUAUCUGGGAAACUAACUCUCUGGGGAGGGGGGGGGGUGCGGUUAACUCCUCCCAGGUCCUUCCGCGUGGAGGGCUGUGUCCCAUCAAGCUCCGCCCCUCAACCCCCACGAACGCAAUCUCAUUCUGCGUGUUCGUUUUUUAGCAUCUGUAGGGAGAGUCAUUGGAUGAAGGGGAGGAGGGUGAGUGUGUGGGGGGGGGGGGAGCUGGGGGGGCAGCCUCACCUAUUCCUCUGUGACCGUACUAUGCACCAUAUCACUGACCCCCCCCCCCCCCCCCCCCUUCGAGAGGCAUUCGACCUGCGGCAUUUCUUUUUAAAGCACCUUCCUCCCCCCCAGUGUUCAAAGCUGUGAUGGUGGUUUGUUAUGGUCGGGCCCCCCUCUCUCUCUCUCCCUCUCCCCCAGGGCCAGAGCUCUGGACCUGGGGGGUUUACACUGUAGUGCGGCCCUCCCCCUCAUUAGCAGCCAAUCGAAACACAAAAACUAGUCUGGGAAUUAGGAGCACAUUGGAUCGACCAAUAAGAAGGGAAACGCAGAGCAAGCCGCAAAGAAGCUGCUCUCUUUUAAUUUUGUGUCUUGUUGUUAUUUUCUUUAUUUUAUUUUUCUCGGUUUUGUAUCGUUCUUUUUUUCCUCCCCCUCCGCUCUCCUUGGCCGGCCCCUUUCUGUGGUCGUGUCCGCAGGAUGUUUUAAUGCUGAUCCCCCCCCACCCCCCCCCCCCCCUCCCCCUCAACCCUCCUUCUCCGGUGGGAUCAGCAAACUUGAACUAUUGGAAGACGUAAAAAAAAAUACUAAAAAGUACAAAAAUAAAGGCUUUAUUCUUCAAUAAAAAACAA